AUGGAGACGCUCAAGGUAGCCACUGUCUGCCUCGUCAGUGCCCUGGCCGUGCUCGGCGCCGCCGGCGAGGUCCUCAAGCAGGAGGGCAGGGAUGUUGAGAAGGCUCUCGGGGAUUUGCUCAAGGAGAAGGCCAAGAAGUGCAACGGCAGCCCGUCGGCAAGUGGCACUCCUCCAUCGCCGGGGUGGACAGGAUAA